CAACUGUUAUAUUCUCAUCAAUUCUGUAUCUCUUUAUCAGUCGACGAUAUAGAGUGGCAGGAGAUGGACUUGUGUUGCCAACACUCCGUAGAUAAGUCAUACAAGAUGUUACUUUCCCUUUUCAUUAUAUCAAGCAUUCUAACCUCACGGUGUGGUGCUCUUGCCAAAAACCUGACCGAUGAAAAAAAGUUUGCGAACUCUGAGACUUGUCCGUGCGAUCUCAUGUAUGUGGACGAGGUACUCAUCUGGGACUGUGAUAAACACAAUCUGCAUGAAGUUCCCCGCGAAUGCUGGGCGUAUGGGAACUACUCCAUCGGCCAAGUCGUCUUGAGUAAUAACUUCAUCACUGAGAUCCAUGCUAACGAUUUCGUGGGUCUUGGUUCCGUGAAGCAACUCAUGCUCAAUAAUAACAACAUCACGAGCGUGGCGGCCGGGGCCUUCAAGCCCCUCGCUGGCCUCGACACUUUGGAUCUUUACCACAACAACAUUGUUCAACUUCCCGAUGACGUGUUCGAGGGCCUGGUCAACCUGGAGAGCCUCUGGGUCAGUCACAACUUGCUGCAAACCAUCCCUGAUAUCUCCUUCGUGACCAAAGCAAAGGCCAUUUCCUUCAGCAACAACAACAUCAGGACGUUUCCCAAGUACCUCCUGGACGCCCCGACCACCCCGCUCACGCUCUCUCUACAAAACAACCUCGCCACGGAGAUCUCCGCCUCGGCCAUCCUCAACCUGCCUAACUACAGCACACUCUACAUCGACACCAUCACCGUCUGGGCAGCGGACGCGCAGGAGGCAGAGGCACUCCGGGCAAAAUCCUGGUUUGGCACCGACCUCGACGGCCUCAUCCAGAUCAGUCCCCAGGAGGGCUGCCCUUCGCACUUCCACGACGUGCUCGGCGUUUGCGUGUUCGUGGAGCCCUUCUUCAGCGGCGACUGGGGGACCAUGAGCUACUUCUGCCGCGAGAUGGGAGCCGAGAUGCUCAAGGUCGCCGAUGCCAACUUCUUCCAGCAACUGCUUCAUAUUCUUCGCACUGAAGGCCUUGACCACCACGACUACUGGCUCGGCGGAAGUGACGCGGCAGAGGAGGGCAGCUGGAAAUGGGCAGACGGGACGGCCAUCGAGCGAGGAAGCCCCUUCUGGGCGACGCAGCUUCAGAAUCCCGAAUCUUACCAAAUUGAACCCCUUGGAGGAACAAUCGAAAAUUGCCUCUACCUUGACAAAUCCCGUUUUCUUUACUUCGAUGAUGGCGAAUGUACUGAAGCAAAAAAUGUGAUUUGUGAGCACCAG